AUGGAGUCCCAAAAGCCAGAAACCUUUUUGGCUGAUAUGAAAACAUUAAUCAAAGAGUUGAAUCGCGGCCAAGAAUUCGCAUACAAGCUAAGAGAAGUGAUGUUAAAGAAACCACUAGAAAAUGGUGGCAGGAAUAAGUUAGCUGAGGAUUUGUUAGGGAAAAUCAUGGAUUCAUUUUGCAAUACACUCUCAAUAAUAAACUCUACAAAAUCCAAUGAAUUAGUUUCUCAGGUUCCGGUGGAGGCCCUUUUGAAAUCGUCAAAAUAUUUGAACAGGAAAAUUUCAGUGAAAAACGUAAAAGAAACCUCAACUUUCGUGGAGGAUGGCCAUGUUUGGAGAAAGUAUGGCCAAAAACGGAUCCUUGAUGCUUCUUAUCCAAGGAGCUAUUAUAGAUGCACCCAUAAGUUUGAUCAAGGAUGCGAAGCAACUAAACAAGAGCAAAGAAUCCAAGCCAAUCCACCACGAUUUCGGACCAUGUACCAAGGUCAACACACAUGUACAACUUACCCUACAGUUCCCCAAAUUCUCUUAGAUUCUCAAACAGAUCAUGAGGAUUCUUCAUUCCUAUUGAGCUUUGAUUCCAAUGAUAACUAUGAACAUCUUUAUUUUCCAACAUUCCCUUCAACAAAAAAGGAAAUCAAAGAAGAGGUCUCCCCAAGCUACGUUUACCCUAAUCAACACCAAUUCCAAUCAUCAAGCUCCGACUAUUUUCUCCCGUCCGAUGAUUAUUCGACUCCGGCAGCUGAAGUCUUCGGCCAUGUUAAGGCGUCAUUAUCAUCAGGGUCUGAUAAUGGGAAUUUCCUCUCAUCUGGAUCAGUCUACUCUUCUUCUUAUACUAGCACUGAGCACACUAUGGAGAUGGAUAUGAUGGUGGGCUCAAUUGACUUUGAAGAUUUGCCUUAUCAAUUUAAAUGGUAG